AUGGCUGAAAUGGAAGACGGAAGAAAAGGUCCACGAUUUGGUCACCGCCCUCAUCGACCAAGACCGCCCGGGUACUGGAAAGUCGUUCCCAGUAAACUGAUCAGACCUCGACACCAAGUCGUCGGGAUCAGGAUCAAUAAACUUGGGCCCUGUAAACAGGAGCUUGACGGAGGGACUGGGCUGCGCCUAUCAACCACAAUCGCCGCGAUUGAGACGUGA